AUGCCCGUCCCAGUCCCCCCAGCAGGCCCCGCGGUUACAUUUCCGACUCUCACACGUGAGAACAUUGACGCAGCGCGCACGUCCCAGUGGCUCGACAAGUUUGAGGACAUAACUGCAAACGCCACCGUCAUUGACAUUGACGCGCUUGGCGAGCGUGACGCCUUCCUCAAGCUUACAGCCCAGUGGAUCGAGGAGGACGGCAUCUUCCUCCCCGAGGACAGCGAGGGCAGUGUCGCCGGCCCGUCCCGCCCACGCUCAGCUUCGGUCUCGUCCACCUCCUCGACCAGCGCACCAGUCUACCACCUGCCCAAGAUGAAUGCCGCUAUCCGCGACGCCAUCAAAAAGUACGGCGCCGUCUUCCCCAAGCUCAACUGGACCGCACCAAGAGACGCCGCCUUCCUCCUCCCGCAAGGCCACGGCCCGCUGCACUGCACCACCCCGGCAGACGUCUACCUCCUCCUCAAGAGCAGUGAUUUCACGACGCACGGCCUCGACCAGCGCGCCUACGAAGGCGCCGAGAGCGCCGACGCCUCGGCACCUGUCGACAACUUCUUCACCGUCCCCCACCUCGAGCUCGUGCUCAAGGCGUUCACAGAGAUGAACCCUUCGCGCGAGGUGCGCUGCUUUGUCCGUGACAACACUCUUAUUGCCAUCGAGCAGCGCGACGCCAACUUUUACGAACACCUGCAGACUCCCGAGGCGCAGGCCAAGAUCGUCACCACGGUCCGCGAGUUCUGGGAGGACGAGAUUCGCGAAAACUACGACGGCGGCGACCACUACGUGUUUGACCUGUACCUCGGCGAGCACGGCACACCGACCAUUGUCGACUUUGGCGCGUACCGCGAGAGCACGGACGCGGUCUUGUUCUCGUACGAGGAGAUGCAGCAGCUUCUCGAGCAGUCGCGGGAACCCCAGGUCAACUCGGCCGGCGAGCCCGAGAGUGCAACAGCCACGCCACCGCCCACGCGCCUCCCAGUGCUCCGCGUGAUCGACUCGGCCGCGCACCCGGCUGCGAACCGCGCGGCACCUCAGUUUGGCACCAACAUGAUGCCCCUCGAGAUGCUCGAGAUGUCCGAGGGACGCACGCUGCAGGAGUUUACGCAGGCGUGGGAGGAGGCGAUGCGGCUGGGUGGCGGUGGCGACGACAAUGACAGCGACGACGAGGAAUAG